AUGGAAGCAUAUGACGCAAUAAAAACAGGAUUUGGAAUCCAAGAUGAACUAAACAAAAGCGUGAUUUCCAUAUUUGAUCUCAUUGCACCACUUUUUCACACAGGAAUUCCUGGAUGUCCUCAAAAUUCUCCAAUUUUUAUAUCUGGCAUUCCGUAUUCGAUGCUUAUUGGUACAGUGAAUGUUCCAGAGUUAAACCCAACAGACAUCACAGUAUUCAAUAAUAUUCGAAAAGUCAUCCUAUGCCUUUCAGAAAGUUUUUCAUUAAACCCAACUUCAUCUUAUAAUGAUACUGAAAAGCAGAUAGCACGAUAUGUUAUUGCCACAAUGGCCGCAAACCUUCCUACAUUCUCAAAAAUCGUUGAUAAAGAUAGAUUAACAGAAUAUUCUAACUUCUUUACACAAGUUGCAGAAUUGAUUAUAGUUCCAGGUCAAGAUGCUGCUGUCAAAGAAUGCCAUCCUCAAAUUCAACAAAUUUCAGACUAUUUCGAGGCCUGCGCCCAAUCAUUGUAUACUCCACGUCAAUUUACUCUUUCUAAUGAAUUAUAUUCAUCACUCCUUCAACUAUCAUUACUUACACAAGUGUUCGGCUUAUUUGAAACGCUCACAGGUGAUCCUACGUUCUUUUCUCCGUUUGAUUCAAAUAUCUUCAACCUUAUUGUUGAAAUCAUCGCUGCUCCAACAGAAGCAACACUUACUACAAUCAAAGAUACAAUUACAAAGCUCAAUGAUUACAGAUUUAAGCUUGGAGCAACUUCAUUUGCUUUUAUUCGUCAAAAUCUCAUCAAAUCAUUGACAGAAGUUUGCCAACAAUUAUUAGAACAAGUUCAUCCAGGCGAACAACAAAAACAAACACCAGCAGAGCCACAAAAUCCAUACCAAUUGCCUCCAGAAACAGAUUUCCCUAUAAACAUAUCAACAGACAUACUUACGAUACUCGCAAGCUUCGCAAAUAAAUCACAGUCAACAGAUUCGAUUGUACAAACCGCUAAAUCGAUUAAAUCCAUUUCAAAAGAUGAAUUAUUAAAUUAUUUCUGCGAUCUAGCAAUUUCUUCACCAAAUAAUGCUUUCGGAACAUUAUCCGUUGCAGGAUCUCGUCUUCCUUAUGGCUUUAAUGCAGGUGUUUCGCAUUUUUGUACGAUCGCUUUAUCAUAUCUUCAAAUUGCAUUUGCAGCGUUAGAAAUACAGACGGAUUCACCAACACAGUCAUUAUCAACCCUUAUUUCUUACAGUUCUAGCCAGGAAAACUAUAAUGAGAGCGUAUUAGAAAUUUUGAGUGCGUAUGUUGUUACUUUGGCAGCGGCUAUUCGCUGUUUCGCUGCCACUUUGUAUUCUGCUGCAUCGGCUUUGCUUCUUGAGAAUCAGCAAACUUUGGCAGAUUUCAAAAUUUUACUUGAAACCGAUCAGUUUUCUCUUAACUUCGAGCAAUUCACGAACCUCGUACCAUUAGCAAAGAGGUCCUCGGAGCUAAUUAUAGGCCUCGGCGUUCCUGAAUUUAAUGAAAGCGGAAAUCAGCUGAAAACAAUGGUUUCUGACUUCACAGAGUUUUUCAAAGGAUUAAGACCAAUACCUCCAACACUUAAACAGCACUACAAUGCCCUUGCAAUCAAGCUGAGAGAAAUUAUUAAUCAAAAUGACAUAAACAAGGCAAGAAUCAUAGCUUUCGCACUUAUAAUCGAGAUAACCUCUUACACACGUGUAGAAAACAAGUACAUUCUUGACGAAUUAACCAAGUUUGCCGCAUCAGGAGAUUCUAAAUCAGUUUACAAAGCUCUUGAAUCACUUUUGAUACCAGUAAAGCAAAAAGAAGUACAACCACCAAAGCCUAUUGCCAUUCCAAAGCAAAUUACUGUUCCACAAGCCCAAAUUUCGAGUCAGACCACUCAUCAACCUCCUCCAUCUCCGAAAGCUCCAGAACCUCCUAAAGUUGUACCUCAGGAGAUCCCACAGGCUCCUCCGCCACCUCCAAAAGAAGCAGAACCCGCUCCACAACAAAUUCAAACUGGAAAAAUCACUUUACGUGUUUUACGAAUCGUAGAAAGUGCCAGAACCGCUCUUAACAGUCUAAUCAAGGCCAAUAACGAGCACAGCAGCGAGAAAUACAAUCAAUACAAAUCUUCAUCCCAACAAUUGAUCAAUACGUUGCUAGAAGGGUCCGAUCAAUGGGAUAAAGCUGUUUCUUCAUCAGUUCAGGACAUAAUAAACCUUUCCGAUAAAGAUUACGCCAAAUCCGCAAAAUUUGAUAACGAAAUCGCUAUGUUGACUAAAGUUCUAUCCGAAAUCAUCGAGCAUUUCUUAUCAUCAUUCGGUUUGGCCAACUCCGCCCAAGCAGAAAUGAUUCUAAUGAACGCAAAAGUUGAUGCAUUACAAAGUGAAGUGAACCAAAUGAGACAAGAAGAAGGGAACUCGUCAGAACCAUUGAGAAAGCUUAUUAUUGAUGAAGGCCUUUCUCUGUUGAAGCUUACGAGAGUUCUUGGCCGCUGUGCGAGACAACAAGCAGAUUAUUUAAUUAUGUCUCCUAAAACUAUCACCAAUGAGCAGAGAUUAAUUAAUUCUGCACAGCAAACAGCGGAUGCAGCGCAAAUGUUCUUCCUUUUGAUCAAAUCUACAAAACCCGGAGAUGAUGAUCUGAAAUACAGAGUCGUUGGUGCUGCUAAAGGCAUGAAUGCUGCUUUGACAUCACUGCUGGUCAAUUUCAGACAGAUCAGCGGCGGAAAUCCCGAAAUCCAACAAAAAAUGGAAAUAACUGUCAAAGAAAUCGCAAAAACUAUGCAGAAAAUCAUCGAAAAUGCAGAAAGUACAUAUGGCGCUGACAUAAAUCAGGACAUUCAGGCUAAUAAAUCAACAAUGACAGCUCAUCAGCUCAAAGUCGCAAGAAUGAACGCCAGUAAUGAGGUUUUGAAGAAGAGAAGAGAGCUGGAAGAAGCUGAAGAGGCUCUGAAGAGGUUCAACAGAAGUGCUGCUAACAAAUCUAGAUCAAAUAACUAA